AUGAGCAACACUAAAGAUUUAAGCGAAGCUGAAAUAGCCGCAAAGAAAGAGCGCAAGGCUGCAAAGAAAGCUGCAAAGGCUGCGGCAGAUGCAACACCAAUAGAAGAAUCAAAGCCUUCCGAGCAAGACGAGAAGGCGGCGAAGAAGGCAGCCAAGAAGGAGAAGAAGAGGAAGGCUGAGGAAGGUGUGGAUGGUGUACAAGAUAACAACAGCAAGAACGAGAAUCAGCCAAAGAAGUCCAAGAAAACACCUCCAGCCAGCACACAGGACGCUGAAAACUUCUUCAAAGAGAACAACAUGACUGUUUCUGACAGUUCUAUCAAACCUCUUCUCAAAUUCGAUGAGCUCGACGUCGAGAAGGCCCUAGUAAAGCCACUCACAAACUUUGAGAAGCCAACUCCUAUUCAGAGCAUCACUUGGCCUUGUCUUCUUCAAGGAAAAGAUACUAUCGGUAUUGCAGAGACUGGAUCUGGUAAAACACUCGCAUUCGCUAUACCUGGCUUAUCGAGGCAUGUUUUGAGCGAUACAUCCAACCACACUCCCUCAAUCCUUGUCAUUGCACCAACGCGUGAAUUGGCUGUACAGACAUACGACAGCAUCCACAAACUCGACGUUACGCCCUCCAUCUGUCUCUAUGGUGGUGUGAGCAAGGAGGAGCAAAAGCGUGCGAUAAAGAAGAGCAAACCGAGAGUGGUCGUAGGCACCCCAGGUAGACUGCUCGAUUUGGUUAACGAUGGUGGCAUCGAUUUCUCUAACAUCAAGUAUCUCGUCCUCGAUGAAGCUGACCGUAUGCUCGAUCAGGGUUUCGAAAAGGACAUUACUGCCAUCAUCGGUAACACCCCAUCAUCCCGCCAAACAGCCAUGUUUAGUGCCACGUGGCCACAGAGCGUACGUGCACUCGCAGCGACGUUUAUGCGUGAUCCCGUUAGAGUCACUGUCGGGAGUGAGGAACUCACCGCUAAUAAGCGCGUCGAUCAAGUAAUUGAGACUAUUGACAAUCCUCGCAUGAAGGAGCAGCGUCUCAAUGCACAUCUCAAAAGUAUUAGGAAGGAAAUGGGAAAUGCCAGAGUCUUGGUUUUUGCACUGUAUAAGAAGGAAGCAGGUAGAAUAGAGAGUACUUUAAGGAGAGGUGGUCAUGCUGUUGGUUCUAUUCACGGUGAUCUCUCACAGCAGCAGCGUAUGAAAGCGCUGUCGGAUUUCAAGGAUGGUAGUGUACCCCUCCUUGUCGCUACAGACGUUGCAGCGAGAGGAUUAGAUAUUCCAAACGUAGAAGUUGUGAUUAACGUUACUUUCCCUCUCACCAUUGAAGACUACGUUCAUCGUAUUGGUAGAACUGGUAGAGGUGGUGCUUACGGGAAGAGCAUCACCUUCUUCACCGAUGAGGACAAGUCGCAUGCAGGAGAACUAAUGAAGGUUCUCAGAGAAGGUGGCUAUGAGAUACCUGAGGGACUGAAAAAGUAUCCAGCAGUAAUAAAAAAGAAGGAUCAUGGCUCGUACGGCGCUCACUUCAAGGAGAUUGAUCCAGAUGCCAAGCCAAAGAAGAUAACGUUUGAUUGA